AUGGCGAAGCCAGUUAUCCGUCUCCAAAACCCCAAUGCUCCACCGGGUCGUCAGCAGGCUUUAUUGGUGGCGACAAAUGAGGCCCGUGCCUACAGAGACAGAAGAAUGAAUUUUCCUCUACCCCCUGAUCAGCUGCUCAAUGAGUCCACUGCCCUACCCCAUGCCCAAAGGGCCCUUCGUGCUGAAGGCAUUGCAGUACCAUCACGACAGCAGUGUCUGGGGAAGCUGGUGCUACCCUUGGGCCAAUAUCUCAAUGCCCCAUUUCCCUGGCUUGUGUCAAAUGAUGUGGGCUACAUGAAGUAUUUGAUCGACAAGCACAGAGAAGAACUCUCUAAAAAACCUGGAAAGGCAAAAGUACAAAAUCAAUGGAUAAAAGACCAUCUGGCAGAGUACGCAGAGAGCUUUCCAGAAGUAUCAAUCAUCCUGGAGGCGAACAUCCACCGAUAUGUUUAUGGACAAAAGGGUUUCGAGAACCAUACCUUUCAGGAGAUGUGGGAGCUCUAUAGCCUAUAUUCUGCACAGAAGGACAGGCCAGAUGAUUUUAAUAUGAGCCAGAGGGAUUCAAUACAGAAGGCAUACAGCUCUGUCAGCCGGUGGCUAAAUACACCUGUAACCCACAUCACCAGUGUGCAGAUGAAAAGAUUUAGGACAUACAUUUAUGACAAGAAGAGUCAA